UCAGAAAGGAGAAAAACAGAAGAUCCGAUCAUAAAAACAGAGAGAGAGAGAGAGAGAGAGAGAGAGAGAGAGAGAGAGGCGUAGAAAUGGACGAAGGAAUGUCAGGUGUGUGCAUCAAAGGUGGGAAAUGCGGUGGUGGUGGGGGCCGCUGGAAUCCAACGGCAGAACAGGUUAAAAUUCUGACGGAUCUAUUCAGAUCCGGCCUUCGAACUCCCACGACGGAUCAGAUUCAGUGCAUCUCGACUCACCUCAGCACUUACGGCCAGAUCGAGAGCAAGAACGUCUUCUACUGGUUCCAGAACCACAAAGCUAGAGACCGUCAGAAGCGCCGCAGGAUCUCAGCCGUCCAAACGCAAGAUCAUCUCUCUACUAAACAUUGUACGGAUGCGCGCGCGGAGAGAGGGAUUGAGACGCUGCAGCUGUUUCCAUUGCGGUCGUACGAGGGGUCGGAUGGAGGGGAUAAGGUGAGAUUGGUGAGGAACGAACGGAUGGAGAUAGCGUUGUUGGCUGAUGUUGGGAAGGAUUAUCCACCGUUGGAUCUGCGGCUGAGUUAUUUGUGAGCGGUUACGAUUCCAAUCUGAGUAGUAGUUAGAUUAAAGGGUGAGAUUUGGAGAGACUGUAGGAUGCUGUUUUGGUGGUCAGUAGUGUUCACAGAAUGAAAGAAAUUCCAAUACGAUUUUUUUUUUGAGCUCUAGUUUGAUUUCUGACAAGCAGGCCCGAGGAUCACGUAAUCCAUACCAUUGGUUCUGUUGCCCCUACAGUUGAUGGACGAUGUCCCAAAACACUCCUGGAUUGGAAGAUCUGAACCAUCCAUGUUGGGAAUUUUUUUUCUUUAAGUUGAAUGUCGACUGCUGCUGUACUUCUCUUCAUAACCGUUGAAAUAUAUAUGCCACAAAACGAACUGUUAGGAUUGUA